GGUCCUCACUGGCACUCAAGCACAAGGAUAAGCAUAGGCAUGGAUCCACAACCUGAGCACGGUAUUAUGGCGCUCGUAAACUAUUCAUCCACACGUUAUGAUUAGCCACUUCUGGCGUGCACCACAUCUGAAAUACUACUGAUGCCAUGGCGAUAAGAGUGGAAUUGGAUCAACUGCUGAAUCUCUCCUUGGGCACUCCCGAACUCGGAGCAGUAAACUUCAAUAUUCUUCAUGGAGUAAUACGAGAGAUUCUCAAUCAUUUAGGUAUUGAAAAGAAAGCGAAAGAUAUCGUAGAUAAUGGGCAUUUUAAAGCGGCAUUUGCACUGCUUAAAACCAAUCAAGAAAGUUUUCAAAGUGGAGAAAAAGGCGAAGAUGUCGAACGCUCUACUGGAGAGAGAGGAAAUACCGAUAAAACACCUUUCCCUGUUGCCGUAUCAUCUCCACCAUUUCAGAGUAAUUUGGAGUCUAAAGUAGCAAGUAUCGAAAAAAGGUUGGACGUAUUGGACGAUUUGCCAAGUGACACCGAAAUUCUUCAACGUUCUAAGCAAAAGAAGGAAGGUAGAACGCCCGUCGGUGAUAUGUGGCAGUUUAUAAACAUAAACAGAAGACUUGGUGCCACCGAAACUGGCAUUGAAAAGCUUACCAGCCUUUUAGACACUAUGAUGAAAGAAGUGAGUGAAGUCAAGGAAACUGCAGCAGAAAUUGAUGAUUUAAAGAAUAAGUUUACAGAGUUGGAGAAACUGAAUUCAAGUUUAAGUGAAAGAAUUUCAGCAUUGGAGAGUGUAGACAACUCUGAAGAAAGAAAGAAAAUGGAAGAUUUGCUAAAGGAGAUGCAACACCUGAAGAAACAAGUAGAUGGACUUCCCACCAUGGAUGAUCUCAACAAUCUGGAUAUUUAUGUCAAAUGGCCACAGCUUGAAGAAGCCUUAAAUGCAAGGAGGAGUCGCACUCCAUCUGCAAAGUCCAGAGCUUCAACCCCUAAACCAAGAACCCCCACUCCACCACCACCAAGAACGCCCAGUCCUCCUCACCCUUCCCCUGAGGCACUGGAAGCAUUAAGGCAAAUAGGGGAGCUAAUGGAUAAACAUGAAGUUCUUAUUGAACAAGUGGAUGUUCUAGAGGAACAAAUGCCUAAAAAGGCUAACCUUGAGGAUUUGGAUGAACUGAGAAAAAGACCUGAUGUUCCAGAUGAUAUUCUGGAUCAACUGAAGCUGUUGAAAGAUGGACUUGAUGCUAUAAAUAAAUGGAAAGAGGAGAAAACCAUUCCAGCUGACCUGGAAUCCCAAUUAGCAUCUCUGAGGGAAGGACUGUCAUUACUCAAUGAUAACAAGCAACAGAUUGAAAGCAUGAAAGAACAGCUCCAGAGUCUAAAGAAAGUGUCUGAUAUGCUGAGCUACCACAACGAAAAGCUUCAAAUGAUCCCUGAUGAUUUAUUGGACCAACUUAAUAAGCUUAAAUACUUGGAAAAGACAAUCACUCAAAUGAAAGAGUUUAACGAUCAGUUACCGUCAAGACUGCAACGUAUUGAAGAUCGUCUGAAAGAAGAUACCGAACGCGAAAUCAGAACUUUAAGAGAUGGUCUCCGCCUUCUAAACAACCAGUUAGAAAAGUACAAGAAGAUGAGAGAAACAAUACCUAAUAGUGCGUCCUCUGGGAAAGGAAAGGAUGGUGAUGCGCUCAGUGCUUUAAGGAGCAUGCUUACUGAACUACAAGGAGAACAGGAAAAACUAAACAGUACAACUAAAGAACUUAUAGAGGAACAUAACAGGAAACAGAAACAUAUUGACGCCUUGUACACGUAUGCUGACAGACUGCAAGAGGUCAAAGCUGAUAAAGAACAGGUUGCAAUGGAAAUGGAUGUGAAAGCUGAUAAACGUGCAUUGGAUAACUUGAUUAGUCGGAGCAAAUUUGACCAGAGUAUAGGUGGUUUGGAACAGUCAAUGCAGGAGCUUUUACAUAGAUUAGAUGGACAGGAAUCAUCAUUAAGCGAUGCCUUGGCUCGACUUGCAGGCGACAUUGAUCAGAAACUUGAUAGAUUGGAGCUGGAUCCACUGAAGGAUUACUUCGAAAAGAAGAUUAAAAACAUGAAGUGUAAACACGUUGAUUUACCUUUAUCCGAUGAUCCAGCUGCUGGAUUCCGCAAGGCUUUGCUUAGAUUUCACUGUAUUUCCUGUGACAGACCAGUUGACAUGAUACCUGGCCAUCCCAAUCCAGCUCUUCCCCAGACUCCUGGUCUUCCUCCAUCUCGUUCAGGCCGCCCUUACACUACUUUUGAACUUGAUCAGAUACGUCAGAUGCAUCGAGGUGGGUACACUUACGAGCAAGAAGUAGCCACAACAACAGCUCGAGCAUGUGGAGGAAGUCAUACAGUGACCUUUCCACACAGAAGGACGGCCAGAUUCAACCAAUACUAUUACUACAGGGAAGAUGACACACCAGUUCCAAUUCCUCCGAGGGAUGAAACAGAGCUGAUUGGUCAGGAUGGACAUAUCUACAAAGGACGUUUUGAUGGAAACAUGGUUGGAGUGGCUGAGUUGCCACCGCAGAACCCUAAGUCUCCAAGAGCCAUGUCGGCGAAAAGAGCUUCUAGUCCUCAGCCUCCUCGCAAUGGCAGUCCAAUUACUAGGCGUCCUCGAUCUGCUGCGGUGCCAACUUCACCAAGGAACCAAAAGGAGGAGGAGGUGGAGCCUGCGAGGGUUGUUGUACCGUGAAAACAAGAUGGAAAAUCUAUGUUAUUAAUAUAAAUUGCGAUAUUUAAUUCAAAGACGGGACGGAGGAUUUGUACACAGAAACCAAGUCUUAGCCUGUCUACGUGAUCGGCUUUUUGAUUUUAUGAAAAUUUUGAUUAAGUCUUCAACAACAAAGAAAAAAGAAAUGGUAUUCGACCAUCUGUAUGUAUUGUUAUAGAUCUAUUUAUAACAAAGUGAAUUACAUUGCGUAUUGCGGAACGGAUCUGUUCUCAGCUGAAAGAAUAGCGACGAGCGUUAAAGCAGUUCUUUUCCCUUUCAUCAAAAGACAUACGUAGUAGUUAAUAAGUUAUUUGUAUUGGGUAGUCAGCAUGAGAAGAUGCUGCAUGGACAAUAUUCGCACUCAAUCCAAACACACGUGAUUAUUGUUUAAAUCUCAAUGAAGUUGCGUUUUUAAAUAUGAUGUAAAUAAAGAAGCACCGACUAAAACAAAAAAAAUUAAAAAAAAAAAAAAAAAAA